AUGUCGAAGAAGAACUCGAUCUCUAAACGGAGGAAAGACCAUGAGGCUCUCAAGCAGCAGUUGCUGGCAGAGGAAGCUGAGCGCGUAGACAAACGUAUAAAACGAAGCAAGAAGCUUAUAGCGCCACCCUUGCACGUCACUCCAAACACCGACUGUGCGCUGGUGUCAGAGGAGUCCAUCGCAAAAGCCAGACGGAGAGGCAGCACACGAAAAGUUCUGAAACAUAAAUCCAAGAGAGAAGCCGCGAUGGACAAGGGCAAGAAGAAAAUUCGCAACGCAAUCCUCAUGGCCUAG